AUGGAUGAUGACAGUCCAUUACUCGAUAAUCACGAUAUAAUAGAAUCUUCGAAUGAACGUAAUAGUCAUAAAUCUAUCGAAUCACUUCGAGAAUGGUUUAUAUGGUCUUAUUUAAAUAUAAUCUUUGGUUCAGUUAUAUUAGGCAUCAUAGCAAUUGGAUGUUCUUUACGUACUGAUAAAUUUAAAGGACGACAAGAUUAUGCAAAAGCAAGGAAAUGGUCCUAUAUUACAUUGAUUGUUAACUGUAUAGCAACGUUAAUUGGUUUAACUAUUUUUGGAUAUUUUAUCUACCUAUAUUUUCAUUAG